CCCCGCCGCCGCCGCCCAUGCCCGGCCCGGGCGGAGGAGGGGCCGGAGGGAGCCCGGCGCCGCGGGGCCGCCCGGCGCGGCAGAGCCCGGAGCGCCGCGGGCGGAUUAUGAGGGAGCCAUGAGCCCGCUGCGGGGCUGGCUGCUGGCCGCGCUCCUCUCGCUCACGCCGCGGGCAGGUCCCGCCGCGCACGCUGGCGCUCCGCAGCGGAGGCUCCCGCGGGCCGGAUGGCAGGACGGGCGGGUUGUUUCCGAAAUCACCCACCCCAGCAGGUUAGUGGGGCAGAGCUCAGGAGGAGAAGUCCAGAAGCAUCAGCUGGACACCAGGGUCAGGAAUGAGCCUAGAGGAGGAGGAGGAGGCCCUGGGGUGCACCUGGCACAGGUGAGCUUCGUGGUGCGUGCCUUCGGCUCGGCCUUCACCCUCGACCUCGAGCUCAACCACCACCUCCUCGCCUCACACUACGUGGAGCGGCACGUCGGCACGGGCAAGAACAGCAGCCACAGCACAGGUGCCGGGGAGCACUGUUAUUACCAGGGCCGGGUUCGCGGCCGGCCCCGUUCCUUCGCGGCGCUCUCCAGCUGCCAGGGCCUGCACGGUGUCUUCUCGGAUGGCAGGGACACGUACCUGAUCGAACCCCAGGCGGGCGCUGAGCACGGGCAGGGCCUUCGGCCACACGUCAUCCAGCGCACUCCAAGCUGCGCCCAGCCAGGCUGCCUCUUCGCUGCACUGGACCACUACAUCUCCGACAGUUUACCCAAGCUGCGGCGGCGGCGGCAGGUGCGACGAGCCCAGCACACGGUUCACAGCGAGACCAAGUACAUUGAGCUGGCGGUGGUGAACGACCAUCAGCUGUUCCUGCAGCUCCGCAAGUCUGUGGUCCUCACCAGCAACUUUGCCAAGUCCGUGGUCAACCUGGCCGACAUGAUCUACAAGGAGCAGCUCAACACCCGCAUCGUGCUGGUGGCCAUGGAGACGUGGGCCUCCGAGGACCGGAUCCGCAUGGAGGAGGACUCGCUGGAGACACUGAAUGAGUUCAUGAAGUACCGGCGCGAGGCGAUGCCAGAGCAGAGCGACACCGUCCACCUCUUCUCGGGACGGACGUUUCAGAGCAGCCGCAGCGGCACCGCCUUCGUGGGGGGCAUCUGCUCUCCCGGCCGUGGUGGGGGGGUCAAUGAGUACGGCAAUGUGGCAGCCAUGGCCGUGACGCUGGCACAGACGCUGGGGCAGAACGUGGGCAUGAUGUGGAACAAGCACCGCACCUCGGCAGGGGACUGCCGGUGUCCCGACGCAUGGCUGGGCUGUAUCAUGGAGGACACAGGGUACUACCUCCCACGGAAGUUUUCCCGCUGCAGCAUCGACGAGUACAACCAGUUCCUGCAGGACGGUGGCGGCAGCUGCCUCUUCAACAAGCCCCUGAAGCUCCUGGACCCUCCGGAGUGCGGCAACGGCUUCGUGGAGGCGGGCGAGGAGUGCGACUGCGGCUCGCUGGCGGAAUGCGCCAAGAGCGGAGGCAACUGCUGCAAGAAGUGCACGCUGACCCACGACGCCAUGUGCAGCGACGGGCUGUGCUGCAAGGGCUGCAAGUAUGAGCCGCGUGGCGUGUCCUGCCGGGAGGCCGUGAACGAGUGCGACAUCCCCGAGACCUGCACUGGGGACUCGAGCCAGUGUCCCCCUAACCUCCACAAGCUGGAUGGCUACUUCUGCGAAAACGAGCAGGGCCGAUGCUACGGUGGGCGCUGCAAAACCCGAGACCGGCAGUGCAACGCGCUGUGGGGUCGCAGCUCGGCAGAGCGUUUCUGCUAUGAGAAGCUCAACGUGGAGGGGACCGAGAGGGGCAACUGCGGGCGCGAGGGCUUGGGCUGGAUGCAGUGCAACAAGCAGGAUGUGCUCUGCGGCUUCCUCCUCUGUGCCAACAUCUCGGGUGCUCCCCGGCUGGGCGAGCUCAGCGGCGAGAUUGCCACCAUGACCUUCUUCCAUCAAAACCGCUACGUGGACUGCAGGGGCGGCCACGUGCAGCUGGUGGACGGCUCGGACCUGAGCUACGUGGAGGACGGGACGCCCUGCGGGCCCAGCAUGCUGUGUCUUGACCAUAAAUGCCUUCCAGUGACAGCCUUUAACUUCAGCUCCUGUCCCGGCAGCUGGGACGGGAAGAUCUGUUUUGACCAUGGGGUCUGCAGCAAUGAGGGCAAGUGCAUCUGCCAGCCCGAGUGGACGGGGAAGGACUGCAGUGUCUACGACCCCAUCCCCGAGCCAAAGCCCACAGGCGAGACGGAGCGAUACAAGGGAACAUCCGUCGAGGAAGGUACGACCCAGCACAGCAGGGAGUGUAGCCCCCGCCGCCUGUCCCCCCGUCGUCGUCUCCUCGUCACCGUCAGGCACCGGCGGCCCAGCGGCACGGGACCUCCGUCCCAGGGCCGGGACUGCCGCCAUGGGCCCGUCUGUCCGUGUCGCUGUGUGUCCGGCUGCCCUUGUGCUGUCUCCAUCUCUGUGGCCCCCCCCAUAGCUUCAAAGAGCCAGCCAAGGGGGGGGACCAGCCCUGGGAAUAAACUCACCGGGUGCCUGCAGCAGGCGAGCGGGGCCCUGGCAGUGGCCCCGCCCCCCCCGGUGCUGGCUCUUUUGGGCUCAGUGUCCCUUGUGUCCCCCACCCCCCCCCCCCACCCCGUGUGUCACACCCCCACACUAAAGCGCUCCUCACUUCUGUGUUGCAGGUCCGGGGGGACCUGAGCGGGGCCUCCAUGCCUCGCGCCCCCCCCUCCAGCGCCUAAUUAACUGCAAUUAAAUGGGGCGCAGCUGCCAGGAGUCCGCCUGAGGAGGGAGGAGAGCACGGGGGGGCCUGAUUGUGGGAACCCCCCUCCUUGACCUCUGCCGCACCACCACGAAUGUCCAGGCCCCCCGGGGCUGGACUCACUCAUGGCACCGCGAUGAAUGUACCUGGGGGGGGGCUGUGCCAGGAGCCCCCAAACCCACAUGGUUCUUGGGGGGGUGGGGCUGGGACUCCUCCCCCCCAAACCCACAUCAGCAUCUUCCAGCUUUGGGGGCUGAAUCCCCCAGUUCCAGGCCAGUAUCUCCCACUACCAGGCCACUUUGUCUUUUCCCCCCUUCCUCGCCCCAGAGCAGGGCCUGUCCCCCACCACCCCUGCAACCCAGGGGCUGGGUCUGCACCCCCAGCUCUGGGGCCCAAAAAGCAGCCCCCUGGAUGUGCACUAGGUAUGCAACCCCCCCUCUGCUUCCCCUCCCCCCCCAGUUUCCCCUGCUUAUUACCCCAUUUCAUGGCUGCACCCUCCUGCCUCCUGUCCCCAGCACUGGUGUCCAGCACCCAUGGUGCCAGGCUCUCCCUAUCAUGUGCCCUCCCCCCACCUCCCCAGCCCUGACAGGUGAACCCCAAAAUGGCGGCACCGGGGAGGGCAAGGGGCCACACUCAGGUGCUGAGGUACAGGGUGAGCCCAGGGCAUAUCACCCCACCCCUGUCAGCGGUCCCCAUGGCAGGCACAGCACAUGUGCCACAUGUCACUGUCAUGGCUGGCGGGGGGGGGAACGUGUCACCCAUCUCCUGUCCCCAAGGUGCCCUGCAUGAGGUGUCCCCCCCAAACCACAAACCCACAGAGCACUCGGGGCCUCCACGGGCCCCUCAGAGCACUGGUGACACUUGGUACUAGGGGGAGGUCCCCACUGUCAUCCCCUGGAGGCAGGGGAGGGUGGGUUCCUGGGGGGGGUGACCUAGGGCUGGAGUCCCCAAGCCCAGACAUGUCCCCUGGUAUGCUGAGAGCCCACAGCACACAAGGGUGCCUCAGCUGUGCUGGCUCAAGCAUCGCUGGCUGUGGUCCCCCACCCAGGGCCAGCUGUGUGCCUGCUGUCCCCACGUCCCCAGUCCUAUGGGGUGGGCCAGUGUGGGUGUGCUGCAGGACAUGAGGGGGUGACCAGACUUCCACGGCCACAGCUGCAGUGGUGGCCCCUCACGUGCCUUAGCCACCGGGUGUGAGCGCAGGUGGGUGCCCUGUGGCUGAGGCUGAGGGGCAUGGGGGUGAAGGGCAGGGGUAUUUGGAUCUGGACCCCUCACUGUCCCCUCUGUCCUCCCCCAUCACCAUCUCUGUCACCACCCUGUCCCCAAAGCUGUCAUGGCUGCAGUGGUGGGGUGAUCCCUGCUGCGAGGGGACAACCCCUCCCCAGGCCCUGUGUGGAGGGGGGCCCCAUGUCCCUCCUCUGCUGCCACUUUCACAGCAAGAAGCCACAUUCGUCACUGGUUUGGGGGACAUUCAUAUAUAAAUAUAUAUAAAUAUUUUUUUUCUCGAUGAUUUUAAUGCCGUACAGUCAAGCAGUGCUGCUCAUGCGCCGGGGAGGGCCAGACUAGGGGAGAAAAAGGGGGGCGGCACCCAGUGCUUCCCGAGCCCCCCCCCGACCCCCAGCAGGCCCAGUCGAACAGCCCCGGCCCAGCUGAUGCCAGGAGAAGCCCUGGGGCCGGCAGCAAGCCCCCAGCCCGCUGCUGCCCGCCAGCCGCCCCGCACCGCCUCGCUCGCGCUACCCGGCCCUCCUUGCGCUCGGCCUGGCCCCCAUCCCCUGCCGGCCGCACCUCGCCUCGUGCCCGCGCUCCCGCUUCGCACGCGCCAGGGAGCUGGUGGGACCCGCUGGGUGCGCGUCACCCGGCCCCCGGGACGCCUCCUGCAAUGUCGCAGAGUUUAUUUACAAUAAAGACUUGGAAAAUCA